AGAGUCACCCCCUCUUCUUUCUUACCUCCCCCAAACCCUAGCCAUCCCGAUCCAUCCACUCCUCGAGAUUUCGGCGGAAUGCCUCCGCCGCCGCCGCGGUCUCCUCGCUCCCUUUCCAGCUAGGGCUCUCCCUGCCCACACCCUCCCCCGCCCGCGAGAUUUGCGCGCCCCCGCCCAGCGCCGAUUCGAGCUGCUCCUGCUUUGCUGUUUCGGUGGGGGAGGCCAUGAACAACAGCGCGUUCAGCGAGGAGAUACUCGCCGAGAAGCUCGCCAAGCUCAACAACACGCAGCAAUGCAUCGAGACUCUUUCGCAUUGGUGCAUAUACCAUCGGAAGAAUGCAGAGCAAAUUGUCCAGACAUGGGCGAAGCAGUUUCACAGCUCUGGAAAUGAACAGAAGACCCCUUUUCUCUAUCUUGCUAAUGAUAUCUUACAGAACAGUAAGCGCAACGGUACAGAGUUUGUAGAAGAAUUCUGGAAGGUUCUCCCUGGUGCGUUGAAAGAUGUAACUGAAAACGGUGAUGAGCGCGGGAAGAAGGUGGUCAGUAGGCUGGUUGAAAUAUGGCAAGAAAGGAGAGUUUUUGGUUCACGUGCGGGGGGCAUCAAGGAUGUGAUGCUUGGAACUGUUCCCCUGCCUGUAUUAGAUAUGACCAAAAAACGGUCUCACGGUUCCUCAAUAAAGAUCGUCAAAAGAGACUCUCGUUCUGUAAAACUUAGACUAGGUGUUGGGGGAACCGCUGAGAAGAUUGUAUCUGCACUGCACACUGUUCUCAGUGAACAAGCAGAUGAAGACUCUGAUCUGGAGAAAUGCAAAACCUCAAUGCGGCGUGUUGGAAAGAUGCAGAAGGAUGUUAGCAGUGCUUGUAGUAAAGGUGAUGAUCCUCGUCGUGAAACCCUUUGCACAGAACUAAAGGAAGAGGAGGAUAGCAUGACAGAAUGCAUUGAAAAGCUUAAAGUAGUUGAAGCAAAUAGAGCAACUGUUGUGUCUGAACUGAAGGAGGCAUUGCAGGAACAGGAAUCUGAGCUGGAGAAAGUCCGUACUCAGUUACAGCUGGCUGAAGCUAUGGUAGAAGAAGCAGCCGACAUGCAACGGAAACUCAAGAACGAGCCAGUCAUUCCUUCGUCCAAGCACUUAUCCUCAGUAGAACCAGGAAAGCCACUUUCUAAUGGGCAGGCGAAGGAUCAGCAGAAGACAGCUGCUGCUAUCCUCGCAGACAAGAUUGCAGCAUCAUCAAACUCUCAGCAGAUACUGCAAUCUGCACUUUCCAAGUUUGCUGCUGAGGAAGCCAAAAAUUCAUCCGAAACUCACCAGGAUAAGAGGCUGAAAAUUGAACAUUCCUCACAGGUCCCAAGUGUCGCGAAUGCUGCCGCUUUUGUUCCAAUGCCACAAAUGACCACCACAACAGCACAGCAGCCCCAGGCAAUCUUAGUUCAGCAGACUCCUAUGCAAAACCAGCCUCCUGCACCUCAACCCCAAUACAAUAUCUACCAGGCCCCUCCCCAUCAGUUUGUCCAGCAGCCUGGUGGUGUAAUGAUGGGCAUGGCGUACAAUAUGAGCACCAUGGCUCCACCACCGCCUCCACCGCCACAGAUGAUGAACCUAGCAAGGCCCUCACCUUCAACACCCCAGCCACCAAUGGGUAUAAUGCCACAGACUCAGCCGCCACCGCCCGCACCAACGAUGCUUCAGCAACAAAUGCCGAUGAACGUCGGACCACCAAUGCAGUUCGCCCUUCAGCAGUCCGGCGCGCCGUCUUUCAGGCCUUUGCAGCCGCCCCCGGGGAUGCAAUUCUUCCACCCCCAAUCUCAGUGACAUUUUUGGUAGUCCAGCUCCUGUUAAAACUGUCGCGUUUUCGGUGUUAGUAUUGACUGGUAGACAAAAGGUUCUGACUGUUGUAGGGUAUACUGUUUGGUUGUUCUUUACCUGGAGAUGUUGUACAUGUAAUGCGAGGAAACUAACAGGAAGAUUCAGUUAAGUGUUGAGCCUUUGCUCAAUCCUGCAGAGAAGGGCAGAAGACGUCACCUGUUUGUGAGCUCCAGAUUGGUUGAUGGGCUGACGAACUGGGCAAGUUCGCGUCAAAAUCGGCCCGUUGUUUUCUUUUUCUUUCUGGGAAAUGGGAAUAACGCGGUCGAGAUUCGAGAUGAUUGUAGUUUGUAUAUGCUGCCCAUUUCUGUUGUUCUUUUUUUGUAAGCAGCAGGACAAGUUCUAGUAAAGAGGAAAAAAAAAACCCCAGAACUUUGGAUUA